CUGCUAACCCUAAACUAAAACCUAACUUUCAAUUACGACCCAAAAGCUACAUUUUGUUUUCAGGAUUUUUUCAAACCAAUUUUGACUGUGUUUCUUAUCUAUUGGAAACCCGCUUUCAUCUGUUGCAAAACGUUAUGCAACAGAUCAAAUGUUUCGCUACGGAAUUCGACUAAUGAAUACACCCAGUUGUAUUGAACGCAACAAUAGGUCCCCCAAAUUGACAGCUGAGAGAGAGAAGAAAUGGCGAUGCUAGGAUCCUUUAGCUCUGCACAGCAGAAGAAAAAUGUUUCUGGAGGCGACAGGGACGUGACAGAGUUCCUCUGCCCGGUUUGUCUGGAGAUUUUUGAUAGCCCUGUCACAACACACUGUGGACAUACGUUUUGUCAAAGUUGUCUGCAGGCGUGCCUGCGGCCCCAAAAGCCAGUGUGUGCCGUGUGCAGGGCAGCACUGGGUCACUGGGCCAAAGCCACUGACCUAGAUGCCCUCAUACACACCUCUGUGGCGGCCUGCAAGGGCUGCGGAGCACAGGUUGGCCUGUCCCAAAUGAGAGGCCACACGGCAGCCUGCUCCAAGUACCAGGAGUACAUUGAGGAGGGGGUCAGGACCACUGCCCAGACCCAGCCUAACAUUAUCGGCCCUUUGCCGAAUCGCUUCACCUUCUCCUGCCCGUACUGUAACUGCCAGAACCUUGACCAGGACGGCCUGGUGGAGCACUGCACUUCCCAGCAUGCCCGGGACACGCGCCACGUGGUGUGUCCUAUCUGUGCCUCUAUGCCUUGGGGAGACCCUAACUACAGGAGCGCUGACUUCUUCCAGCACCUCAAGAUUAGACACACCUUCUCUUAUGACACCUUUGUUGACUACUCCACAGAUGAACACACUAUGAUCCAGGAGGCUCUGCAACGCUCCCUCAUGGAGAACUGAGGUGGUGUAUGUCUGGAGGAUGGAGGAAAAUGGGAUUUGGGUGGGGGGGAACUGCACUGCACCCUCCUUGAGCUGGGCUAAUGGUGUAACCAUAGGCAAAAGAAUAUUAAGGGUGGGUGCAACUUCCUGCCUGCAUAACCAGGAAGCUUUGAGCCCUACUGAACAACUCCUCUUAUCACUUUAAUAUUAGACAAUUCUCAUUAAAACAUAAAUAAACCAAUACAAGUUGAACACAGUUAAUGUGCUUUCUGGUGUAGGAGUGGUAGAAGAGUGAUGUCCCUGUAUCUCUCCAGGGAAGCGUGUUGUAAGCUCAUUCAUAAUCCACUGAGUCAUUAUGAUGUUGAUCUGUUCAUUGGUGACAUUGUUAUUUAGGCCUAAUGUACCUGACUCCCAAAGUUAUGUUAGGUUGCUACUGUUGAUUCUGCAAUAAGAGGCUUUGACCACUAGGUGGCUACCCUUUGCCAACAAAAUGCAAUGAGACUUUGUUCUUCAAUGUGAGAAAGCAUUGUAAGGUGUAAACUGCCAGUAACUCUUAUUCCAGGAGGACUGUUUAUAUAAUGUGUACUCUAAAUACUUUUUCUGAUGAGAAUAGAUGUCUAAGUCUCAAACCUUCUCCCUGUGGUGUACACUUGUUCACACAAGAAACUUAAGUAGUGUUUUUGUCUUUUUACUGUAUCGUUUUUGAUUUUCUCCCAAGUAGAGACAUGGGUCAGUGUGUUGCCUCGGAGCCUAGACUACUGACUAUGGGGAUAGGCUGCAUUCUGAGAGUAGGACUUCUAUGCAUGUGACAUAAGAGCCAUAUUCCUUGAAUGUGGCAUUCCUCCGUGUAACCUCUCGUGGUUUGAGGCACAUGCUAGACCCUCUUGCUGGUAGAUGGCUUUCAUUUAAGACAUCUAAGUUAUUUAGUAUUGAUUGUUUAAGAUAUUAAGUAUGAACCUCAUACAAUCAGGCAGUAUCUGUCGUUUAUAUAGUUUAUCAUUGGACAAUUGGAUUUGAUGCACUGCUAUGGGCACCCAGUAGGCUGUAGUUCCCCAUGUUUGGCCAAAGGAGGGCAGUAGAGCUCCAUCACUCUCCAUCUAAUAUUAGAGGCACUGUUCCAUUUUCAGCAUCAUCUCUAGACUUGCUAUUAGGAGUGCAGGCUUUCGUUCCGGUCCAGCACUAGCCUACACACACACACCUGUUUCGAAUAAUCAACUACUCAUAGUCUUCAAUAUGAACCACGAUAAGAUGGAUCAAGUACUGGGCUGCAUCAAAAGCCUGCUUACCUUGACUCCUGGGUGACACCCUUGCUCUGCCAUAGCUGGGUGACACCCUUGCUCUGCCAUAGCUGGGUGACACCCUUGCUCUGCCAUAGCUGGGUGGCUUUCAAUAGCAGCGAAAUAAGAAAACAUAUUUAGGGUACGAACUUAUUCAAUAAGAACAUUUUUUUCUAAUUCAAAACUGUUCUGCUAUCCGUUCCUCUUGAACAUGGCCCUAAUGUUGAUGGUGAACAUUUGGAUGAGAAAUUCAGAUGCAUCAUUAAAGAAUGUGUUUUUAUUUGUGAAAGCGUAUCCUAUUUAAUAAAUGAUUUGUUCUGGCUUUGUAGAGCUACUGUAUCUUUCUAUUUUACAGAGCGUUCACAUUAUUCCAGAGUUACUGCCACAAGUUCAUAAAACAUACAUCGACUUGAAGUUUUAAUACAUUGAUCAGUUACGUGUGGUCAAGGAAAUAAUGGAACUUUAAAGGGUGAGUCCUGGAAUGUGUAUGAGGGGAGAAAAUAACAUUGAAAUUGAAUGAUUUACAUUUUUGACUGAUUUUCAUAAGUGGAGGUUGAAAAUAAUAAAAUGCAUAAUUUUCCUUAGGCUCACUCAAUCAAUAGCUUGGUUAAUGAAGGCUUUUGUUUAUAAUUUGAGAAAUGUUAAUUGUGUAAUUUUUCUUAAGCAAGCCUUGCGUUUAAAAUCUACGAACUUGUGGUAACUAUAGGAUAAGUCACGCUCAGCUGAAGUAGCACUGGUUCGGAGGCUCAAUCUGGUUUUGCAUAAUUGUACUUUUUUUUUUUUUGGUAUUUUUUUUUUUCUCCAAUAAAAAUCUUUGUGAUAAAUGUG